AUGAAGCUAGGACAGUACCACACCCCCCUGUCGAAGGGGUCCAUCUGGUCAAUACUUUCCGUGUGCAUACUAUUUAUGUUCACCGUACUAAUACUGAUUAUUGUCGCUACAACAGGCUCCACCGCAGACUACAAGCCCUUGACCAAUAUAUAUAUCGGCGAGGCCGAUAUCAAACACAUCAACGUGAGCAAAGUGAUUCCGCAGAUCGGCCCCAUCUUGACCAUACUGGGGUCCGCUUUGACGGCUCCGAACAGCUCUUUGGAUGCGAUUUUUGGCGCCCUGAAAAACAUUGCUGACACGCCGGCUCUGACGCCGCUGUUGACGCUGUUGUCCAACGCUGAAAACACUACGGUAACCAUCGAGUCGUUGACCGAGUUGGCUCCCCUAGCCAUCAGCGGAAAUCCCGCCUCCAGCACCAAGCAGCUGGCGGAAAUAAACGGGCUGCUGAAGUACUCAAACAACUCCACUGAAACCUUGGAUGGCUUGGCCAGAUUGGUUUCCGCGUCGCUGUCUUCGGCCAGCUCGAGCUCUUCAAGCGACUCCACCUCUUUGGUCCUGGACUUGCUACAGGAUUCGGACAACCCUCAAAACUCCACAGACGCUUUGCUCACUCUGAAUAAUCUGACAAUGACUGAAAAGGCGCAGUUGUUGCCUGUUUUCAAGCUAUUCGCACUGUCCACGAACAAAACCGCUACAAUGACGGCGUUGGCUAGCUUGAUGAACACCACCAUCCCCCCCACGUUGGCUCAAACGCUAUUGACCCAACUACAAAACACAAUCUCGGAAGGCGGUUCCCUGAACAGCACGUUUAGCAGUUUGCAACAGCUAGUGCCCAGUGCUGACGCGGGCGCUUUUAACGCAGUACAAGUGCUGCUAAACGAAACAACGUCCACGAACCAAACCUUAAGCACCUUGACUGACUUGCUGGAAAAAAACGUCACUCAGUCAUCAUCGGCAAAGAGGGCUUUUGCCGCCUUGACCCAGCUAAUGGAUAGUUCGAACAAUUCCACGAUGGUGACCACCUCGGUGCAAUCCUUGGCUGCUGUGACUAAUACCACCCAAUCCACGCAGCAGCUCGUCGGUUUGGAUGACGUGAUAAGCUCCUCUACCGACACCAAUGAGACGUUGUCCAUCCUGUCCGAAUUACAGUCCGAUUUAUCGGGUAAUUCGAGCACUACGCAGUACAUCCCAUAUCUGUUUAAUCUUCUAGGUGCAUCCAGUAACCCGAAAACCACGUUUUCAUCCUUGGUGACGCUAACGUCAUGGGCUCAAGAAAACCCUCAGACAUUCAUGCCCAUUUUGAAAAUAUUAGCCGAAGCCAAGUCUGUUGAACCAAUCUCCCCCACGAAAUUAGACGCUUUGACACCAAAUAUUUUGGAGUACUUGAAGAUCCCAGUUUACUUCCGUCUAUCUAUUUUCACUCUCUGUCAUGCCAACCUCGAACACAAAAUCCUUGAUUGCAGCGCUUCACAUGCUGUUCAAAACUUAGACUUCAGGACAAUUAUCUACGACGCACUGAUUGCCUCCGAUUUCCAGCCUUACUUGAACGCUCUGAAUAUUACCGCAGACGACCUAUACUUGCAAGGGAAGUUGCUGCGCAGGGAACACGAGUACGUGCCUGCCGUGAAGUCCGUUCUGGCUAUGAACCUAUUGACAAUCAUCUUCGCUUUCUCUACCAUCGUUUUCACCAUAUUAUUGUACUUCGACAGGUACAUGAUUAGACAAGCAUUAUGGCUCAUCACCGUAGCCCUAUACGCUUGUGUUGGUUUAUUCACAGGGUUGGGAGCUACUAUAAUCGCCGUUAUGAUCAGUAUCAUAAAAAGUGGUACCGCGGAUGAUAAAUUUGGCGUUGUAUUCAAGGCUAGUCCUGCUUAUAUGGGAUUAACAUGGGCAGCUUUCGUAUUAGCAGUUAUCGCUACUAUAUUGAUGAUCAGCGCGUGGUGGACAAACAGGAUAACUGGUCGCUACGUAUCCAGAGCUACACUAGACAAAAAUGGCGAAGCCUACGUGUAUGGAGAUGGCGCUGCCGUCCCAGCUACCACUGUCGCUGCAGAUACAAAUCUGGAAGAUGACGAUAGUGACGUCGAAAAGAAUGGCAAUCGUAACGAAGUUACUGCUAUCGACGGUAGCAGUUCUGCAAACAACACUGACGUCAUAAGAAGUACAAGCGAUGAAAUGGAACUACAUCAUGCAGGCGUGGUUCCGAACGUCCCCAAUGAAUCAACAACGGAUGCCAAUAACCAGCGAGUGAUAAUUUGA